AACAAACGUUUAUAGAUAAUUAUAAACCAAAUAUGAUAGAAUAAAAUUAUAAUUUGCAUAGGGGGGGCUAACUAAACAAUCAAUUUUUAUUUAAUUUUUUAUAAAUAAACAAAAUUAGGACAAACAAUUAUUAAUGACGAACAUUCAAAGACAAACGACGGACAAACGAUUUAUGAUAAUCAAAUUCUAAAAAAGUGUAAAAAAAAAUUUGAAAGGGGCCAACUUCAAGGAGCCCUCUCUCUCCCUUUUCUUGAUGACGUUCUGCGAAACUAAAGUGCAGUGGUAUGAAGUUAGUUCAGUAAAGAUUUCUCUUUGUUUUCUUUUUAAUUUUUUUUUUCAAAUACAAGUGCGCGGAAGCAUAUAAGUACAGUAAUACUCCUUACACAUAUGAGUAUUACACACAUGGGUAAAGAAGAAUAAGUUGUGUCAUAAAUACAUACACAUAUAUAUUACAUAUAAUAAGCAUGUAAAAGUAAAGCGUAGACGCGCUUUUUUUGCAUCGCUCUUGUCGGUGUUAUUUCUCACUGCCAACAGGCCAGUUGGUCAUCGGAUGUUGCCGUUAAUUGCAUCGAAUUUAAAACGACGAAGAAAAAGCGGGUGUCGCAUUUAUUAUUAUUUUAUUGGUUAGUUGUUGUAUAUUUAUUAUCAUCAAUUAUUGUUUUUUAAAAACUGCGCGUACACCCGACUUUACAAAGAAGAAACAAAUAAUUACUACAUAUAUACACAUAUAUAUAUAUAUACAUAUACAUAUAUAUACACCAAGAACCCUGAAGACUGUUGAAUAUUUAAAGAUACAGCUACCGAACAGCCGACAUUGACUACGACUGUCUGUGUGUUAGUACCAGCCGACACCGAUAAUCCAAGUUUAGUUAUAUAGAAUAAUGAUAAUGUCGUCGUCAGUACGACCCGUAAUUUAUUUUCACCAUCUUGCCAGUAAAAAUAAAUGAAAAAAAUAUCAUUUUACAAGAUUAAGUUAAACCAGCUGAUAAGGUGACAAAUGAUUAUUAAUCAAUUAUAAAAGUAAAUAAAAUAGUUUGUUUUGGUUUUUAAAAUAAGUCAAGGACCUGAGAUAACGAUCAGCACAAAUAAUAAAUUAUAAAAAGAUAUUUAUAAUUUAACUUGGAGUUUAAAUUACGAGCUACUGAGAAACUGAUAAGUUUUAGGAAUUAAUCUUGGUAUGAAUCAUAUGGCUUUAGAAACAGGAACAUGGCCACGGUUUUUGAGAGUCCAUUUCUUUCAAACAGACUUAGGCAAAUCGAAGAACGUUACGAGGAACCUGCAACGUUUGGCAGAUGUGAUUGCACAAGCUAUAGUUAUUUAGCUUUAAGCGUUGUAUUAUUUACAAUUGGUACUGCUGUUACUAUUUUGUCACUUGGCGAUGCUGUCGAUGGUCAUAUUUUUUCAAAUCUCGGCCACAUGUGGCUAGUGGGGCCCAUUUUUAUUUGCUCCGGGCUCAUGGUUGCUGUUAAAUGUAUUCUUUAUUUGAGAAGAAAGUCGGUUAUACAAAUGAUUUUUCAUCAGCGUCAACUAUUUCGACGUUUACAGGAAUUAGCGAGUGCACAAGGAGUCGGUGGAUCCGGAGCUGGUACACCUGGUCCACCACCUUAUGAUUCAAUAGCUCAGGGACAAGGGCCCAGCGAAUUGCCACCGCCAACUUACGCCGAAGCUGUUGCGCUUUUACAUCAAAAUGAAAUUCAUGGUGCAAAAUUCUCGAGUGAAACACAAGCAGAUAGUAGUCUUUUAUCAGUGGGAACAACUCGAGCCAAACCUUAAAUGCUUCCAAGUAUUUUUAUAUUUGUUGUCAUAAUAAUUACAAACAACUAGUUAUCUUAUUUUUUACACGUACAUGACGUAUGGUACGACGACUGAAAAUAAUCAUUGUAACUAUAAAUAUUGUUUUAGUUUUUUUGCAUCACGAUUAAUAUAAAUGUAGACAAAUAUCCGGGUUUAUUUAAUAUGAGGUCAUUUAUCAGUAAGUGAUAAUUUCAAUGUUUCUUUUCUUAUUUAUCUUAUUGUCAAUGCCAGUUUUUUCCUCAAUUUUUUCAUUGUUAUCAUUAUUAUUAUUCUUUAUUUUGUCUACAAGAUCAAUGGCUACAAGCAUUUACAAGCUCUUAGUCUCGUUCAAG